UACGCCUUUUGGGCUCAGACUGGGCUGAGUACGUGAGAAAGCCCUCAAACCCGAAUGCUGUCUCCACCGGAGGCGGGUCCUUUUACUCUCUCAGUUCCCUCUCUUUUCUAGGGUUUUAAAGCAGACGUUUUGCCUGAAAAUUCUUUCUUCCAGAUUUCAAACCAUAUUUUGCCAAUUAACAAACGAAGAAGAAAUCAAGGGUUUCAGCAAUGGCGUUUUCUUUCACCCCACAGCAACAGCAACAACCCCAACAACUACAACUAUUCCCAUCUCAACAGCAACAGCAAUCCCCAUUCCAACAGAGCAACCCAUUUUUCCAACAACAACAACAACCACCACAGCAAUUUCAACUACAACCACAACAGCAACAAUUUCUACAACAACACCAGCAACAACACCAGCAGCAGCAGCAACAACACCACCAGCCGCAGCAACAAUUGUACCUUUUCACCAACGAAAAAACUCCGGCCACGUACGGCACCAAAUGGGCCGACCUCCACCCGGACUCCCAGAAAUUCCUCCUUCAAAUUGAGGAAAAGAUCCUUGAGUGUAGGGACGAAAGCCAGCGGCUGGAUCAGUGUAGUAGACUUUAUGAUUCUUUGAUCUCCAAUGACGGGUUUGAUUCUGAUGCAAGCCACAUUGUACAGGAACUAGGUGGAGUUAGUACAGCAAUGGAACGGCAGAAGGCUGUUUUGUAUGAACUUAUGGCUGUUGUCAAAGAUAUGCUACGCAACACUGAGGUCGCUAUUCGUUCUUUCAUUAUGUUACGGCCAAGGUUUGUCCGUCCAAAUACAGGUGCUGCGUCAAAUGCCACUGCACCAUCACAGCUUUCAGGAGCGACUGGUGCUCCAAGUGGAAGUACUCAACCUGUAGCUACCUCUGGAGUGCCAAUUUUUGAUUUCUAUAGUGGUCUCCCCAAGAAACCAUCUCCCUUUCUGCAGCAAACAGUUGCAAGAUUUGAGAAGUAUAUUGGUCAAUGCCGUCAGUGGAUUGAAGAGUUAGAGCAGCUGCUGCUCGUCGAUUCUGGCAGGAACUCUUUAAACUCUAGCUCCUCAUUGUUACAGUCUCUUCCCAAAGUUAUGUCAAAUGUGCAUGACUUUUUUGUUCAUGUGGCAGCAAAGGUGGAGAGCAUUCAUCAGUACAUUGAAUCCAUGAAAGCAGCAUAUCUUGCCGACCAACGCCACCGUGGGGAUUCAAAUGAUCCAUUUCUUGAGGCUGAUAGAAGGGAAACAGCCAAACAAGAAGCAGCUGCCCGGAGGGUACACCCAACCUUGCAUUUGCCUGCAAGUUCACAACCGUUGACUCAAGUUGCAGGGUUGUUUGCCAGCUCAGCAACACCUGAGGCAUCCUCUGCCCCACACACUUCUGCAGCAGUUGUAGCAGCUUCGUCAGGGAGUGGGUCCUCACUUUUUAGUACUCCAUCUGCUGCUGCGUCUUCGUCUUCGUUAUUUUCCACUCCCAGUGCUGCUCCAACAGCCUCAUUUGGAGUACCUGGUGCAUCAGCCCCAUCGUCACUUUUUGGUCCUUCAACACCCUCAUUGGGUAAUACCCCUUCUUUACUUGGUGUCCCUUCUGCUGGAGUUUCAUCCUUUUUGACCCCAUUUGCUUCAGGUGCUGCAACAGGGUCGGGAGCAAGCUUCGGGACUGCAUCUAAAGCAAGAGCAAAAAGUCGCACUGGUCGACGCUAGUAGCAGUUUCCUGAGGUAAUGAUAACGGAGGCAACAUUUUACAUGCUUGAUUGAUUCUCAGCAUCCCUUCCGUGGGGAACUACUAUUAGUUAUUUGCAGCCCAUGGCAUCUGGAUUUGCCUGGAUUCUUGAACUCUAUGGACAAUUCUUGCAGACGGGUUGUUGGAUUCUUGGUCUCUGAAUCAGAGGUUUUUUCUUGCCUUUGGACUUCAAAUGUUGCGGGUAUAAUGCCCUGAGAUCCUUGUUCUUGUAACAUUGUAAAUUGCGUCUUGACCUGAUUGUUUUGGCUAUAGAUCCUUGUUAAGAAUUAAUUCUGUUGAUCUGGAAAUGGAUGCCACCUUUGUCCUCUUCGGCUUGUUUAUUGAACUCAUGAGAAUGGUAUUUGAUGUUAAUGUCUAUUUAAGGUUCUAA